AGGAUCACGCCGGACGUACUUUCCUCUGUCAACCCGGGAGUAAUUUUAUUGUUGAGCGAACUCGGGGCGAUCGCGACCCUCCCAUAAACAACGUGAAUGUAUCCUGAAGUCAUUUCGUUUAAUGGUGAAUUGUGUUCAAAUUUUGUGGUGCUAAAUCUGUAAGUGGCGAAAAUUACCCAUGCACCGUUUCCGGUGGUGGUGACACGAGCUCAAUUGUAAUACGUUGAUCGGGGGCCAACAUGCUUGCUGGUGGCUGUGAAUUACGGUGAAAUGAUAUGAAAUCGGUUGGAUUAUGAUACAAUAACAAGUGAAACAGAUCGGGUGAAUAAGUCAACAUCCGGAACAGCAGUAAAUCAUUACUGUUUAUAACUGCUAAUUUUUCUCACUCCAAUCGAUACGAAUUUCGGUAGCGACUGCCUGCAUCAUCGCAAAAAUGGACGAGAAAAAAGUGAAAACAAACCCCGAGCCGAUGGUGCCCCAUUUUGUGGCCAGUGAUUUCAAUUCCACCACUAAAUUAGCAGACAACCAUGCUGAAGAUGAAGAAUACAAUCCAUUUGAACACCGGCAAACUGAAAACCCCAACAGCACUGCCGGAUCUCUGGCCCAUUUACUCAAAAGUUCAUUGGGCACCGGUAUAUUGGCGAUGCCCGUGGCAUUUAAAAAUGCCGGUCUCCUCUUCGGUGGCAUCGGUACCAUUAUAAUAGGUCUAAUCUGUACACAUUGUGUACACAUUCUGGUCAAAACCUCACACAGCGUAUGCAAAAGGACGCGGAUACCGGUACUUGGCUUUGCGGAAACGGCCGAACGUGUGUUCCAGUAUGGGCCCAUCAAAACACGGGGGAUGGCCAACUUUUCGCGGAACUUCGUCGAUUACGGUCUCAUGGCAACGUACUUCAGCGCAGGAUGCGUGUAUAUCGUUUUCAUCGGCAACUCGCUGCAUAAGGUGAUAAAUGCUCUAGGAGAACUGGACUGGGACGUGAGAAUCUACAUUCUGUUCACGAUGAUACCAAUCUUGGCGAUCGGUCAAAUUCGACAGCUGAAGUUUCUCGUACCCUUCUCGGCAUUGGCCAAUGUGUUCAUCGUGAUAACCUUUGGAAUUACGCUGUACUACAUCUUCAAGGAUCCGCUUGUAUUUCAUGAUAAACCAGGUUUUACCUCGUUUUCUACUCUGCCACUGUUUUUCAGCACUGUAAUCUUUGCGAUGGAAGGCAUUGGUGUCGUGAUGCCCGUGGAGAACUCGAUGGCAAAACCGCAACAUUUUCUUGGCUGUCCCGGAGUGUUGAAUACUGCUAUGGGAACCGUUAUAGUUCUGUAUGCGGUAAUUGGCUUCUUCGGCUACGUACGAUACGGAGAAAAUGCUGCUGGAAGUAUAACAUUGAAUUUGCCAACAGAGGAUGUUUUGUCCAAAAUCGUUCAAAUACUGAUUGCAGUUGCCAUUUUGUUCACGUUCGGCCUACAGUUCUACGUACCGAUGGACAUCUUAUGGAGGAAGGUUCAGAACAAAAUUCCGAAGGACAAGCACAACAUUUCUCAGAUUGCCAUCCGUACAGGCAUAAUGAUCCUAAUGGGAGGUCUGGCAUUGGCUGUUCCUAAUCUGGAACCAUUUAUCGGUCUUGUAGGAGCAAUCUUUUUCUCCAGUCUGGGACUGCUAGUUCCGUGCGUCGUGGAGACUGUGUUCCUGUGGCCGAACGAACUAGGAAAAUUCAAGUGGAUUCUGGUUAAAAACGUUGUUUUCGGAGUGUUUGCGAUAUUUGCUCUGUUCUCCGGGUCGUAUGUGAGCAUUGAGGAAAUCAUCGCGUUGUACACACGCAAAGAUCAUACGGAAUAACCCGAAGCGAGAGGGAAAAUCCAACCUUAUCAUGCCAUCUUACAUUAAGAUACUCUUGAUGAAAGGAAUCUUUUCGUUGGGACUACGGAGCUGUGCGUUUUACUUCUUUAUAAUAGAACGAAUGAUAUCAUGAACAUUAUGCUAGGGGCCUUCGGUAGCAAUUCGGAGGCACGAAUCGUGUGACAGAUCUUCGAGAGUCUAUUUUUAGCUGUACAUUGUUUGAAAUACUACCUAGUGCAUUGUUUCAAAAUAUUGUAUAAGUUAAAAAAUUAAAUAAAUGUUUCAAACAAAA